UGAGCUGCCUGGCGGCUGAGUCUGAAGAUUCACAGAGCUUAGAGGCGGUCAAGUGCAGGUCCAGGGUCUGGGUUGGAUCCCCAGACUACUUUCUGUUUCACUUCGAAAUGUCCCUUCCUUCCCAAACCGGUGGCCUCCCAAUUCCAGUGAAAAGCUGGACUCCUUGGAGACCUCGGACUCUGUGAAGCCGAGGAAGUGGAGAGGCUGGCAGCCAUGCGCUCUGACUCGCUGGUCCCAGGUACGCACACCCCGCCCAUCCGGAGGAGGAGUAAGUUCGCCAACCUGGGGAGGAUUUUCAAGCCUUGGAAAUGGAGGAAGAAGAAGAGCGAAAAGUUCAAGCACACAUCAGCAGCUCUGGAGAGGAAGAUAUCGAUGAGGCAGAGCAGAGAGGAGCUGAUCAAGCGAGGGGUCUUGAAGGAGAUCUACGAUAAAGAUGGAGAACUCUCCAUAUCAAAUGAAGAUGACUCCCUGGAGAACGGGCAGUCCCUGAGCUCCAGCCAACUCUCUUUGCCUGCUCUGUCGGAAAUGGAGCCUGUCCCAAUGCCCAGGGACCCCUGCUCGUAUGAGGUGCUCCAAGCUUCAGACAUUAUGGAUGGACCAGUGUCUGAAGAGAGUCCCUCUGCCAGUGAGUCUGGAGUCCUCCUGUCCCAAGAUCCUUCAGCCAAACCAGUUCUGUUCCUGCCCCCCAAAAAAUCUGCUGCUUUCUCUGGAGACCAUGAGGAGACCCCAGUGAAGCAGUUAUCCCUUCACAAGCAGCCCCCGGCCCUGCCUCCCAAACCCACUGCCCGGAUUGCCAACCAUUUAACAGAUCCUGGCGCCCCUGUGAAAUUGCCUUGUCUGCCAGUGAAACUGUCGCCUCCGCUACCUCCAAAGAAAGUCCUGAUCUGUAUGCCCGUAGGGGGGCCAGAGCUGACGCUGGCAUCCUACGCAGCCCAGAAGAGCAGCCAGCAGGCCGUGGCCCAGCACCACCACACUGUCCUGCCAUCCCAGAUGCAGCACCAGAUGCAGUAUGGCAGCCACGGGCAGCAUCUCCCGUCCUCCACUGGCACCUUGCCUAUGCACCCCUCGGGCUGCAGGAUGAUGGAGGAGCUGAACAAGACACUUGCUAUGACCAUGCAGAGGCUGGAAAGCUCCGAGCAACGAGUCCCCUGUUCCACUUCUUACCACAGCUCUGGUUUGCACUCAAGUGACAGCAUCACAAAAGCAGGACCCAUGGGCCUUCCGGAAAUAAGACAAGUGCCAACUGUUGUGAUUGAAUGUGACGACAAUAAGGAAAAUGUGCCUCAUGAACCCGACUAUGAAGACUCGUCCUGCCUGUAUGCCCGGGAAGAGGAGGAAGAGGAGGAGGACGAAGAUGAUGACGCCUCCCUGUACACCAGCUCACUGGCCAUGAAGGUCUGCAGGAAGGACUCCCUAGCCAUCAAACUCAGCAACAGGCCCUCUAAGCGAGAGCUGGAAGAGAAGAACAUCCUCCCCAGACAGACGGACGAGGAACGGCUGGAGCUCAGACAGCAGAUUGGCACCAAGCUCACCAGGCGGCUGAGCCAGAGACCAACCGCAGAGGAACUGGAGCAGAGGAACAUUCUGAAACCUCGAAAUGAACAAGAAGAGCAGGAGGAGAAGCGGGAGAUCAAGAGGAGGCUGACUCGAAAGCUCAGCCAAAGGCCGACGGUGGAAGAACUCCGGGAGAGGAAGAUCCUUAUCCGCUUCAGUGACUAUGUGGAGGUGGCAGAUGCCCAGGACUAUGACCGAAGGGCAGACAAGCCAUGGACCCGCCUCACCGCUGCAGACAAAGCUGCCAUUCGGAAGGAACUCAAUGAGUUUAAAAGUACCGAAAUGGAAGUCCACGAGCUAAGUAGACACUUAACCAGGUUUCACCGACCUUAACAGUGGGAUUACUCUUGAGUGCUCUGCUGUCUUCAAAACAUAAAUUUCUAAGAACCAUAAGUGCUGACGUCUGUCCACUUCCCCGUUACUAUGUAAAUCCGAACUGCCUUUUUUUUAAAAAAAAAAAGAAAAAAGAAAGAAAGAAAAGAAAAGAAAAAAAGAAGAAGACAUGAAAGGAAACACAACCAGGAUUCUGUGUGCAGGAACACCAUGGUGAGCGCUCCUCAGAGUUGCUGGCACCACUUCUGCUACAGAAAGGUGUCUCAGACCCCAAGACAGGGACACCUGAGGAUUGUCAGGAACUGCCUCUUCCCCUCCAUCCAGACCCAGCAAGCACCACAUUGGUUCAGUCUUCAGUGAACCCCUUCCUCACCAGGGACUGUUGCCUGAGUCCAAAGAAGCCAAGGGCUUGGUGUAGAAAUGGCUAGGUGAAGGUCCUAAUCCAACUGCCCUUCUAGACUUGGGCCAGACAUAUGGGCUCCAGAUGGGGCAUCUACUCUGGGCCCUUGAGAGGGGGAUGCUGGGAAGGGAGUGAUGACCUCUCAGUCCUCCCCCGCCCCCCACACAUGCACAGGCACACACAUGCACGCACGAACAUGUUACGCACACAAACAUACAUGCUUUCUCUUCAGCUUUGUCCUGGGGGAGCCUGUGCUGGCCCCUUGAGCAUAAGCAUGUGUGCUGUGGGCAUAGGAGGCUAAUCUGAGCAUCUGUUUUGACCCCCGUCCCAAACUGAACUGCCUUCCAGAAGACUCUGGUAGGUAGUGAUAGUGGCCAUCUGCUCAGUUCACAUUCAUUGACCAGUUUAUGUCCAGAAAGCCCAGGGCCAUGGGUGAUCUAAUGCUUAAAUGCCCUUGCCAAGGUUCCCUGUGAUGUUCAUGAGUAUGAACAGACCAGGAGAGCUAGGGUCAUUAACUCCAUGGCCCACGUUUCUCUUUGGCCAUGUAACACACCUGGGACAGUGGUGAUGUGGUUUGGCAGUUAAUAGCAUCUGAGUGCCAAUGCGUGGAGGCCGGUGCAGGGGAACCAAUAUCCCACUGCUGUUCCAGACCCUUCCACUCUUCUGUCUUUGCACUGAAGAGUUUCUGCAGAGAGAUCCUUAUCUCAGCAGAGCUAGCACUGGGCCAUGACUGUCUGUGGUGUCCUUUACUGCUCCACUUACCCAGAGAGACCCUGUCCUCUCUCUCUCUCUCUCUCUCUCUCUCUCUCAGAAUAUGCCUCCAGCCAUCAGCCCUGUUGACAGGGCCCUCCAAAGAUUGGGUGUGCACUGAGAGAAGGACCCUAGACCCUAAGGAGGUCUUCUGCAGGACUGUUGUCCUUCCUAACCAAGCUCAAAGGCCCUUGAGUGCAAAGUUUCUGCCCCAACCCCCGUGGUGUAUCCUGCUCUCUGAGUCACCACGGUGUCACUAGGUGAUGGCUUACUCCCUAAUACAGCUGGCACUUAGAAAGAUGCCAGCUGGCUGGCCUGGCCAACCACAGAAGAGUUAUCCCCUUGUCAAACCAGUUAGGGACCAUGUUACUCUUAGGAUACAGCCUAAGCGAGGUCAUUCAAUUCUCUGGAGCGUUAAUGGCUCCAUGGCCAGUUGCUAAGCCAAGAACCAGAGUUAAAGGAAAGCUUAGAUCAGCCCUACAGGUAGCGCCAUGCUCUCCUGGUACCGUCUGGAUGGGAUAUACCUCUGUCCAGACCAAAGGCAACACCAUGACUGGGUCUUUCUAUCAUCAUCAUCAUCAUCAUCAUCAUCAUCAUCAUUUGAAUGUCCAGAGAGGUAUUCAGGGAAAAUGUGAUGGGGCUUUUAGCAUGGAUGGCUGUAAACACGGUCUUCCCAAAAGGAAUUUUGACUUUUGAAUGUGUAUGUGGUUGGAGGAAAGAGGCAGAAAUCUUUCUUUGAACUUCCCUAGAGUGAAAGAAAGGCACAUGCGCUGGGUGGAGGUCUCUGCCUGGCCAGGCCUAAGGCCUGUACUUCCUCUAAUUAGCAGCUGUGCUUCAGACUGCUGCGGUAGCCUGGACUGACAGGCCUUCCCCAGCCAGGAAGAGUCCUAAGGAACUCCUCCCACAAAGGCCCGCGGCUUCCCUGCUGGCCUUCCUUCUAGGGCCCUUCUGAUUGCCUGGGAACAGAAAUCCCAAACUCACCUACACUCUGCUGCUAGCCAGCAGCCUUCACUGUUACCCACCAGCAUGCCCCGAAAUGGCCUUCCUCUUUACAUAUAGAAGACAUUGGACAGAAUGUCCACAUCAUUUCCUUUAGGGUACUCUCUUGCAGAAGUCACUUGCUCAGAGUUAGGGGUAUGCCUCCCAUGCUCCUAAAAGGUCACCACUGCCUUUGGGGACAGGCUAUUCCAAGGCCAUGAUAAGUGGUCCUUUCCCAGGCUCAGCCGCCUCCCCAGCUGUAGAAUGGUACUUCCACUCUUCUUCUGAAAACCUGGACUCAGUCUUCAGGGGGCUGUAACCACAUGUUUUUCCCCACUUUGUGAGGACAACUGAAAUGACUUGAGUUGUUUCUGAAGUUAACAAUUUGAUAUUAAUUAUGGUGGGGGGGGCGGGAUAAAAAGAAAGUGAGAUGGCUUAGGACAUCCCUUUCUGAAAGAGCUGAGGUUCUCAAUUGAGUUCACCCUAAGUCUAUACAGUCCCAUCUGGGCACCAUGGAGUUCUGGUUAGCAAGAAAGGAGAAAACGAAAUGUGUCAGAUCUUCCGGUUUUUUUUUCUCUCAAAAUCGGGCAUUGCUGAACCCCCAUGCCAGUCUGCUUCCCUGACAGAAGAGCCUGCCAUAAAUAAACUGACCUUUCCAAAAUCCCGAUCACUACUUCAUUCCCCAGAGCCCCUCAAGGCCCUGCCAGGUUUUUAGACCAUGGGCCUUUCUGCCAGUAGAGAAACCAAACCACUCAACGGUCAGUGUGGGGAGACGCUCCGAGUGUCUUUUUCUCCUGCUUAUGAACACGUGUUUGUACUUUCGGAAUGAGCCCUCGCUCGUGGUGUGUCGCUUCGAUGAAUGGGAUCCCAGGUUCUCCCUGUGCACAGCCAGUGGGCAGGUGUCACCUUUGGUGACUUUGUCCUCCCAUGGGUCUGUUCCUCCCCAAGCAGGUUGCUUUCUCCAGUUGCUUCCUGGUGUCUGUACAUAGUUCGUCUUUGUAUAGGAGUAAUUGUGGUGACGGUCAAUCCGUGCCCUCCCGGGUUCUAACUUAACAGAUGACGGCUGUAUGAGAAAGAUACUGUACAUAGGAUAUAAAUUAAACUGGAUCUCUGUGGCCUAGGUUUUGUACAUACAGAAACUGCAUGGUAUUUAAAUUAUUGUUUCUCUCUGAUGAUGUAUGCAGUUUCUUU